GGACAUAAAAAUGUUCUUGAACUUCAAAACAAACAAAUCCCCAAAAAUUUUGUGAAAUCCAACCUCAAACGCAAAAUAAAAUAUAAUUUAUGUGAAGAUGUCGGUAAUAGAACCAGGAAAUAUAGCAAACAAGAUAAAACUGUUAUUUCAGAAAAUUGCAGAUCCCAAUUACAUACUUGAUAACUACUAUGCCGACGGUUUAAUUAACAAAAUAUCGACAAAAGAAGACCCUGAUAUCAUAGCCUUGGAAAAGUUAACCCUUCUGUCAGAUCUCCUCAUUCAAGCGUUGGAGAAGAUUAAUGAAGUUCACAUCACAGUUCAAGUGUUUCUGGUUCGACUGUGCUCCCUUGUAUUCUGUCACGAGCUAAAUUUUGUCAAAAUUAUUUCCACAACAACUGCAGAUCAAUUCAAGAAAGCUCUAAAUGAAAUCAACCUACCAGAUAAAAAGCCAAGUGUUAAAGUAGCUUAUUUAGAGUUGGCUCAUGCUUUUAUCAAACACCCUACAGGAGUACAAUGGCUGAUUCGGACCAGCUCAUGGGAAAAUAUUAUCAGGCUGACCUCUGGCAAUCAGUCAGUUUUUGUUCUAAGACAGACAUACAAGUUUGCCAGCAUAUUUCUAUGGCAACUCAACGACUUAGGUGAUGAAGACACUAUAAAAAAAGUGCUGGACAUUGUCCUGCAGCCAAUACUGUCCAAUAAUUUCAUUAAUGUCCUGUCUGUGACUGCGGAGGAUGAGGCACAGCACAGCCGAGUGUUGAUCCCAAUGAUGCACACCCUCAUGGACCUGUUCACGCAGUGUUCCCGUCUGAAGCGGCCAACCUUGCUCAUGAAUGUUCUACUGAACCAUUACAAAAUCACUAAUCAUUUGGUUAUUAUGAAAGAUCGGAUAGCACACGAAAAGGACAUCAACUUUUUGGCUGCCAAACUGUUGUUUUGGCUGAGUAUAGCUCGGACUCUGCUGGAUCGACCCUUGGACAAGGAGGAGGUGGUGCAGGGCUUUCAUGUGGUGGACGUAGCCGUCACCUACUUCAACCUGAUGACGGAGAACAUUAACAAGCGCUGCCCCACAAUGAUCCUAGACAUCAGCAACGCCUGCAACGUGAUCUGGUCACAAAUGUGGGGGAUAAACGGACCCAAGUACAGUGAGGAUUUAAUAAGCAAAGGCAUUAUUUUGGAGCAGCAAUUUAUAUUACUACAGUUGGUCCCUAUUAUAACAUACAUGAAAACAUCGGCAAUGAAGAAUGACCCGAACAAAAUGAUAGAUAAAGAGCUGGAUGACUUUGUUGGGAAGUGUAUGGACUUAGGGUGCGAGCACACGAGCCGGACUGCAUAUGCUCUGCGGGACGUGAUGAAGACCAUGGACCCGCUGGCCGUCGCACUGCAGAGCGUCAAGAGACUCUCCUGUCUCAAGAGCUCGCUCAACGACGUGCAGGCCAACCUCAUCUUCCAGACACUGUUCUACUGUCUCAGGGAGUACGACCCGGCCGACGAAUAUGGCGAGUGGAAGCCCGAGGAGCUCUAUGAACUGAGUCUAGAAAGGUCUAUGGUGAUGACCUAUGUGAUGGACACUAUCUUGCUUCUGCUGAACAACUUCAAGAUCCACUGGUCGGAGAGCAUUGAAGUUAUCUGUUUGUACACGAUUGUGCAAAGCGUCUUGAAGAGGCAAAAUCUAAGUCCUAAGUUCGUCGUAGCAGCCCUUAAGGUGCAAACCUUCACCAUCAAGAACUUCCUUCCGCCGAACCUCUCGCUCCUAAUGGAAGCGACAACAGGUUCAUCACUCAGCGACAUUGGGGAGCGGCUGCACCGUCGUCUGCUGGACGUGAACUGGGAGGUUCGAGACUCCGCGCUGGAGCUGCUGCAAGUGUGCACGGAGAUAUCCUUCAUGAAAUUCCCGCCGAUGCAGAAGCAGAUAGUGGACAACAACCUCAUCAACGUGGCCGCGGCCAUCGCGCUCAACGACCACCAGUUCUACGCGCAGGCGUCGGCGCUCAAGUGCCUCGCCGCAGCUACUAAGGUCAACUGCUUCUGGGAGAAGUUGAAGUCGGAAUACCCGAAUAUUGAGGAUCGGCUUAUAAUAAUUCUGAAGGAAAACCAAGAGGGCUUAGUGCGGCAAGAGGCCGUCAACGUGCUCUGUGAGAUAUACCAGAACCUCAAGCUAUCACCCGCCUUCACUGACACCCUGCUCAAUCACAUGAUAUCCACUGCUCUAACUGACUUCCACUGGGAGGUGCAGAUAGCAGCACUCAAGUUCUGGCGAGUGGUCAUCCACCGGCAGUUCUCAGAACAAGGAAUGCUAGACGGCACCUUCCCACCAGUAACGUUCUCCAAAGAAACCAGAAAGAUUGUCACCCUAAACACUGAGGAAUGCGGCCGAAGGCUAGUGAAAGCCAUGGACGCACUGUCUUCGUUGGGAUGCUUGACUGUCUUACUUAAACUGCUGCAAGAUGAUGUUGAAACGGAAAUCGUUAAGACGUCGCUCGCAAUAUCUGAGGAAAUGCUGGAUAUACUACACAAGUACAAUGCUUUGGAGUUUUUGAACGAAAGUGACGCCCAGAACAUGAACAACAUAACUAUAGAGGUCACAGAAGACGCGAAACCCGAAAAAGGACAAGAUUCAUAUCCGCGUACAGCUCCAAAAUCUUCCGAUGACAUCAUAGAGGGUAUUCUAAACUCUGACGACAUGAAUUUACUGAGUAAUAUUUAUCAGCAACAUCUAUCACUGCAGCCAGUGGAAAAUGAUACUGGGGCAGUGCCUGAGCCUAAAGUGAAAGUGCUAAGAUUUGUUACGCCCAGUACAUUCGUCAAAUACUUGAAAAGCAAGAACUUCAAAGCCAUCAUAGAGCAAAGGCGGCAGUGGAACGAUGGCAUACGCAGCCUGUCUUCACUGCUGGAUGAUGUGCUUGGUAUUUAUGAGAUCAGUGAAGGGGAAGACUACAAUACGAUGGAUUGUUAUUAGUACAAAUAGAUUAGUAACUAAUAGUUAAGUUUCAUUAAGUUGCAUUUUGAUAAUGUUUAUAAUCAAGAGAUUAUAUAUUUUUUUAAGGUU